CCAACACUUAAAUACGUUUCGUUUUCUUCUCUUAUCGAUCAAACCCGAUCAAACCCUUCUCUUAGGGUUUGAAUCUGAAUUGAGAUACCGCAGGUUUUAGUUGGUAUUCAAAGAUGGGAUUCAAUUCAGUUUAUAGGGUGUUACAGGAUAUUUUUCAACAGGUUGAUUCUCGCAUACUGAGAGCUGUGGCUAUUGAGCACCCUAAGGAUGCCGAUGUAGCUGUCGAAGUUGUUCUUGCUGAGGUCAUCCCUCGUCUGUCUGAACAAUCGCGUACCAACAAAGGCAAGAGUUCACUCAGUCUCUCUGAAGUUGUAGAUGGUGCCAGAACUGGUCAGUUUGAGGCUACUAUGGAUUCUGGAGAUGUUCUUCCAUGUCUUUCUGAGCAAUAUACUGAAGCUGGUCCUUCCAACAUUGGUGGAAGUUUGCCCGUGGCAAUUGAAGAUGCUGAUUUGUCUGGUCAACCUAAUAGCCCUAAAGUUGUUGAGCCAGUAACCUCGGAACCACUUUGCACAUCUUGUUUUUAUGAUGCAAAUGGUGAAAUUGACACCGUGUGUUAUGGCAUACCAAUACCUUUGGAGAAUCUUGUUAACAAUAAUAUUAAUCAUGAAUGUGUUACACCCGCUUCAAUUUCUGAAAAUGGUGUGUAUGAUAAUCAUGAUUAUGGGUGUGUGAAAACUGGAGAUCAAAAUGCUGCAAAAGUGAGCAACUCUAUAGCAAGCAGUGUUGGAGUUUCUGGGUCUAUUCAAGAGGAAGCUGCCAUCAAUGACAAAUUCACGCAUGAAAAUGGUGUUUAUGAUGAUCAUGAUCAUGGGUUUGUGAAAACUGGAGAUCAAAAUGCUGCAAAAAUGAGCAACUCUCUAGCAAGUGGUGCUGGAGUUUCUGGGUCUAUUCAAGAGGAAGCUGCGAUCAAUGACAAAAUUACACUUCUUGAUGUGGAUACUGAAAUGAUUGCUCCAUCAAGCAGCCAAUUACUAGGCACAUGUGAAAAAGAUUUAACUGUUACUCAGGAAUUGAAUUCCAGUAGUUCUUCAAAAACUACGUCUGAAAAAAAUUCUUUGGCAAUCACAAUAGUUGAUCCAGAGGAUGAGCUCAUCAUGACCUCUGUGCUUACCAGAUCAGACCAAACUUGUAGCACUGAACUUCUCCAAGAUAUUAUUGAAGAUGCUAGGAAUGACAAGAAAACUCUUGCGUUGGCUAUGGAUUCAGUUGUCAACCUAAUGAAAGAGGUUGAAUUUAAAGAGAGAGCUGCAGAACAGGCAAAAGAGAGAGCUGCCUGUGGUUGCUCAGACAUUCUUGCGAAGGUGGAUGAACUUAAACAAGCACUUUGGCGUGCAAAAGAAGCAAACGACAUGCAUGCUGGAGAAGUAUAUGCAGAGAAGGCUAUCUUGGCUACUGAGUUGAAGGAGCUUCAGCUUCGUUUGCUGAAUUUGUCAGAUGAGAGAAGCAGAUCGCUUGAAAUUCUUGAGGAGAUGCGUGUGGCUCUAGAGAUUAGAUUGACUACAGCUUUAAAAGAAAUCGAGGCAGCAGAGGAAGAAAAGCUAGAAAAAGAACGAUCUGCCAAAGAAGCACUUGCUUACCAAGAAAGCCAAAUGGAAAUGGUGGUCGAAGAAUCCAAGAAACUCAAGAUGGAAGCAGAGGAAAAUUCCAAGUUGCAAGAAUUCCUCAUGGAUCGUGGCCGUGCUAUCGAUAUUUUACAAGGAGAGAUAUACGUCAAAUGCCAGGAUGUGAAACUGCUGAAAGAGAAGUUCGACAAGCGUAUUACACUAUCUUCUAGUCAGACAUCAUCAAUUUUAGCUUCUUCAAGUUCAUCUUUCAGAACUACCGGAACACCCUCUGAACCAGAACUCGAGACUUACGGAACCCCAAAGACGAAUGCAGAAUUGGGAGAUUCUUACGGAUUUCUCGACAAAAGUUCAACAUCAAGGUCAGGUUUAGCUCGAUCACCCAAAUCUCCAACUGAAACCGUACAUACCAUUAACGAUUGUUUUCCAUCUGGAGAAGAAAAACACCAUGAUGAUGAUCGAAAAAUGCUUCUUGAUGAUGGGUGGGAGUUAUUCGACAAUGGGGAGGACUUGGUAUUUUAGGUUUUUUUAUCGUUCGUUUUGGUCUUUAGAUUAUUUAUCGAGGCUUUACUAUCAAAACCGGCCGUUUUAUGGUAGUAUGCAGAUAGCGGGUAGGAUUCGUUUCGCGUUUAAAUGAUUGUUGCGCAAUGUGACGUUAUACGGUUCUUUAGGUGUCYUUUUUUUUCUAUAGAAGUUACUAUGAAAUGUGAAUUUUUGUCUAUAAGUUGCUAUGAAAUUUGG